UGUCACGUGAUCAUGACCGUUUCCUGUUACUAUUGUAUUGUUUUUCCACCCAAAUCAACAGCUGUAAUGUAAAGUACAACGGCUGCUGUUGUGUCAUUUGUCCUCACAUUCAAUAGUCCGUUUAACGUUUGCCAUGUCGCUACAGCCAGCAGAAACUCUGCUUCGGGGCAACAUGGCCAGCUGUGUGGCUUUCCAGAGCAAGUUAACCUCCAUCAUGGAGAUGCUAGCCAAAGCAGCCGUGGUGGAAAUCAGCAAACUAUGGGAGGACGGCUUCGCUGUAGUCCAGGUCGAGCUUCGCAGGAGAGAAAGCGAAAUUGAAACACUGAACAGAAAGUUGAUGUCGAUGGAAAACGACCGGUUAACGGCUCUUUCUCAGGCUACAAACAAGUCCUCAUCUUUUUCCAAGAGAGAGCAUCAGAAUAAGCUGCUGUCGCCCGCCGGUGAUGGGUCUUCUUCAAAUUCAGACCAGAGCAUCAGAGAUAAGACAGAGACUUCAGCCAAUAAUGGCACACCACCACCUGCUCAGACAGAAGAAAAACAAAGCGAGCAAGUCAAAUCUAACCGUUGUGAAGCUGAGGAAAAGGAUGAUGAGGAUUUAAUAGUCAAGCUGGAAGAUGAGGAUGACGUCCAGAUUGUGGAGCAGGAAAUGGACUCUGAUCAUGGCUGUAACACCGCAGCAGGUCAUCACGAAAUGGAACAGAUUCAACAGCCCGAUGAAGUUGUGCAAGAGCAGGAGAGCCAGCAGUGGUUGUCCAUUUCAGCGGGAAGCAGUGACAGUGCCGACAACUCGGACUGCGUCUUUGAACCAAAGCAGUCGUCACAAAAUCUGGACUCAGAAAUCUUGCUCAUUCAAAACGCUUUGGACAUUUUGGAUAAUUCAGCAGAGGCGGCAUAUUCUGACAGGUUUGUGAGGGAUGAUGGAACAGUGCAAAGCACCUCAAGUAAAUCCAGGGCCCCCGUGACAUUUAGCCAGUCUCCGCCAAGUAUACCUACAGAAGCAAUAAACCACCCAGACAGAGAGAUGUCCGUUAGAUUCCUUUCAGAAAAACGACAAACUAAAAACAUUUCAGCUUUUAACCCGGACAGCAGAUUCUUUCUUUUAAAUGAUCCAGAGCUGCACAAAACAAUGGUGAGUCGCCGCAUUAAGGAGAAGUGGUACAUCUGCCCGUUCUGCGGCAAAAGCUUCGAUCGCAUCAGCCACCUGGAGAUUCACCAGCGAAUUCACACAGGAGAGAAACCGUACACCUGCGACACAUGCGGCAAGAGCUUUUCUCAGAGAAGUAACCUGCGCACUCAUCAACGGACUCAUAAAGAGGUUCUUACCCAGAAUGCAGUUUGAUUUAACAGACUUUAAAGAUUGAAACAUGUUACAAAUAUCACAGCAUCAUUUAUGUUUAGAUUAACUAACAAAUUCUUGUUGUAUUUCAAUAUUACAGAAAAAUACUGUAGCACACUGAUUUCACUGACCUUUUUGUUUUUAGAAAGUUUAAUUUUGAAGUAGGUUGGGUUGUGGGAACUAAAAUUGGUACUUCAUCUCAUCUGCAUCUCUAUAUCCAGCAAGUCAAGGCAUUUACAAAAAACGUUUUAAAACAUUGACCCAAAAGACUUAUUCAGACUAAGACUGAUUUCAACAUAUUGUAAAUAAGAAAAGACCUUGGUUUUAAACUUUUGGCACAUUUUCUCUGCCAGUCUCUGGGUAUGUUUGAUGGAAAGCAAUACUCUAACAAAUCUUUAGACCUUACUCUAAGUAAGAUACGGCCAUGUAAACAGCAUCCUUUAAUCACCUUUACCCAAAAAAGGUUAUAUCCAGAGUAAAAAUGAUCUUUUAUAAACAUGCAUACAUCUGAAAUGUUCUGCUGCAAUCUGCUGGAAUUUUUAAAGCUUUCUUCAAGACAGAGAUGCUGCCAACUGCUUUUUAAUGCAGUAAGAGCUGGAAAAAAAGAAUAUACCAACAAAAGAUUUCCAAUUUGGGGAAGAGUUAUCAAACCCAGCUUCUAUGUUUUGGAUAAUUUU